UACUCAUUGACUUUUCAUCAAGGUUUUUAACUGCAAAACACACCGGUUCGCUUUUCGAAAUAUUGUCAUUUAACAUUUAACAGAUAUAAUACAGAGUCUAGACAAUACGUUUAAUUUAGUUAUAGAAGACAAUUAUACCAUUGAAGAGCUUUAAAUAUUAAACAAUGUCUAAUGAUCCAGAAAGAUUUGAUUCUAUGUUGCUAGCAAUGGCACAGCAGCACGAGGGUGGUGUUAAGGAACUCCUCGGAACUAUUGUAAGUUUCUUAGCACGAAAAACCGACUUUUUUAUCGGUGGUAAAGAAGGAGAAUGGGAAAAGGUAGUAAAGGAUACAUUUUAUGUUCAUGCUAAAAAAGCUAAAGAGGAAGCUGAUAAAAUUAAAAAAGAAAAAGAAGAAGCUGAUAGAAGGUUAAAAGAAAUUCAACAGAAGAAGGAACAAGAACGUCUAGCUCAGGACUUUGUACCAGCGACUGUUACAGAACUAACAGAUCAAGAAGCUAAUAAGAUGCUUGAAGACAUAGAAAAGGAGAAACAGAGCAAAACCGAAGAUGGUAGCGGUGACGGUUCACCCACAAGCAGUAAGUCUGAAAUACCCGAUGAAGAUGAUGACCCGGCUGAAAAAGGAAAACUUAAACCAAACUCUGGCAAUGGAUGCGACCUGGAAAACUACAGGUGGACUCAGACAUUAGAAGAAGUUGAGUUGCGUGUUCCAUUACGACAAGUGCUCCGUCCCCGCGACUUGCUCGUCAUCAUCAACAAACGCCACCUCAAGGUCGGUAUCAAGGGUCAACCUCUCAUCAUUGACGGUGAAUUAGACGCUGACGUCAAAGUAGAAGAAUCCACGUGGGUCCUGCAGGAUGGAAGGAAUCUUCUCGUCAACUUGGAGAAGGUAAACAAAAUGAAUUGGUGGGGGAGAUUAGUUACGACGGAUCCGGAAAUAUCGACUAGAAAAAUUAAUCCAGAGCCGUCAAAACUUUCGGAUUUGGACGGAGAAACCCGAGGACUGGUGGAGAAGAUGAUGUACGACCAGAGGCAGAAGGAAAUGGGACUACCCACAAGCGACGAGCAGAAGAAACAGGACGUACUUAAAAAGUUUAUGGAACAACACCCUGAAAUGGAUUUCUCCAAGUGCAAGUUCAAUUAAAUUAAUGCCAUGUUAUUAGUUGUAAGCCUUGAAGUUUACUAAUUUUUACGUGUCUGUAUACAGGGUGAUGUUGCGGAUAGUUGACUUGGUUUUUGUUUUAUUUUGAUGAUGAUAAUAAUAAUAAUAUUAUAUGCAUUUGUAUGUAUAGAAAUACAGAAUAGUUAAUAUGUUAGAAUUGAUAAUGAUUGUAUAAAAAAAUAACUAUUUAAUAAAAUCUAACAAUGAAGAAAAAUAUUAAAACCAAUAAAUUUACGUGAAUAUUUUGAAUAAUAAGACUUAAUUUCCUCACUGUCCUCGAUAUCACCCGGUUGUAGGAAAUCACUACGUUAUACAUUGAAAAUCACAAUUUUUUUUCGUGCUUUGCCGCGUGUGGCAGUAUGUUUUAAGUUGGAUUCGAUGGUAUUCCACACGUAUUUCAAUAAACAUGUUGUCAUUGAAAAGAUAUAUAAUAAACAUGUACCUACAAA